CCUUGAUUAUCCCCAUAUGUUUAUAUAUUUUUUGUCCCCUCCAAACCCCCCUUUGAUAUAAAAAUUACCCCGCCUUAUUUUUCACCAGAAAAAUCAAACCAGAAUUAAAGUGAGAGAAAUAAAAUUGAUAGUAAAGAGAGAUAACUGCUGUGUACUCUCCAAGAGACGAGUGAUUUAGAAUUUUCAAUCAAGACGUUUGAUUGGUAAUAAUUUAAUAACAAUUAAAUAAACAAUAGAGACAAAAUAAAACAACAACAACAACAACAGUGUUUUAAUUUAACAAUAAACACAAGUUAUUUAAAAAUGUCUGAUACACGUCGUCGUCGUCAAUCUGAACAAUCGGCUGGUUCUGAUGACCUUUCUGGUUCAAUUGAUGAACUAAAUGCAUCCAAGGAAAUUAAGAGUACUGAACCAGUAGUAGAAGAAGAAGAAGAAGACGAUGAUCAAGAAGACAAGGAAGAAGAACAAGAACAAAAUGAGUCAGAGUAUGAUACAGCUAGUGGUAGUGAUGAUGAAUCAGAUGCUGAAUCAAAAGAUGGUGUAAAACGUGAGAGUGGUGAUGGUCAAGAAGAGGAUAAACCAUCUAAAAAACUUGAUAAUGAUAAAGUUAAAGUUGAUCCUCAGUAUAUACCAAAACGUGGUUCAUUUUAUGAGCAUGAUUAUAGAGGAGAUGACGAAGAAGAAGGAGAAUGCAUUAAAGUUAUUGUUGAGGAAGAACCAGAAGAAGAAAGAGACGCAGAUGGAAAAAAAAUAUGGAAAGAAAAAGAUGAUAAAUGGAGUCAUGAUAGAUUUGAUCAAAAUGAACAAGCACCAAAAAGUCAUGAUGAACUUAUUGCUGUUUAUGGAUAUGAUAUUAGAAACGAGGAAGGUCCACCAAGAGCUAGAAGACGUCGUCGUUAUGGACGUGGACCAAGUAAAUAUACUCGUCAUUGGGAAGAUAUAGAGGCAUAUGGUAAACCAAUGUACAAUUAUACAUCACAAAAAACAAGACGUUCAAAUAAAACUGGUGAAGAAUUUCCAGCAUUAAAAGGUACAUCAACAACAAAUGAUAAAGUUGAUAAACAAACAGAUGAACCAGUUAUAUCAUCAGCAUGGUAUAGUAAUAAAAAUAAACAUCAAAAUAAACAACAACAACCACAACAACAACAACAAAUGUUUCCACCAUUACAACCACAACAACAACAUGAACAAAAAUCAAAAUUAUCAGAUACAAAUAAUUUACAAACAAAUGAAAAUAAAGCACCAAAUGAACCAACAAAUCCAGCAUGGAAAAAAGAUGCAAAAUAUACAAAUGAACAAUUAAGUCCAGUAAGAAAUAAUCAUAAUAAUGAUGGUGGUGAUAAAUUAAAUCAACAAUAUAUAAAACACAAUAAUAAUAAUAUUAAUAAUAUUAAUAAUCAUGGUAAUAAACGUAAUCAAACACAAGAGAGUGUUAGUCUAUCAGCAAAUAGAUCAAGAGGACGUGGUUUCAAACCAAAUCCAAAUAAUAAUUUAAUUGGUAAUAGAAUGGAAACAACAACAAAACCAAAAGGACGUGGUAAUGGUUUAAUAACACAAACAAAUGAUAAUAAUAGACGUAGUAAUGUCAAUCAACAUCAUCAUGAUGAACAAAUUGUUAAUGAUGUUAAACACAUGAAUAUUAAUGAUGGUGUUUAUCAUAAUCUUCAUAAUAAUGCAAGACAAAAUAAAAACUUUUAUGUUCAAUCUAAUAAUCAACAAAGACCAACUGCACCAACAAUGCAACCUAGAAUGCAACAGUUAUCAUCACAGCAACAACAACAGCAACAACAACAACAACAACCAGCUCAUCAACAUUCUUCUUCUCAUCAACAACAACAACAACAGCCACCACAACAGCAGCAGCAACAACAACAGCCACAACAAACACAAACACAGCCACAACAGCCAUUGCCUGAUGUUGUUGCUAAUCGUCCAAAACGUUAUUCAAGUCUUCGUCAACGUCCAACAAUACCAGAUGGUCCUGGACAACAAGCUUAUCCACAAUCACAUAAUCAACACGCUCAACUUCCUCAACCACAUACUCAGCAUGGUUUUUAUCCUCCUCAAGCUGGAAAUUCACAUGGUGUUAUAAAAUCACAAGGUUUUCCACAAGGACAUUUUGAACAAGCAACACCAGUACCAACAACAGCACCACCAAUGGCUGGACAAGCUGUUAUGCCAUUAGCUCCAACUGGUCAACCAUCUGGCUAUGCACCACCAGCAUUUUUAGUUCCACAACCACAAUUUAUACCACCACAAACAGCACCACCAAGUCUUAUAAAUUAUGUACCAGCACCAAAUGGUCCAGCAUUUCCACAAAAUGCUUAUCCUGGAUAUCAGGGUUAUAAUCCAAGUGUACAACCACAAGGUCCACCACCACCACCAGAAUUAUUUCAACCACAGGGUUGUACUUAUUAUAGUCCAGCUCAACAAUCACAUCUUCAUCAUCACCAUCAUCAUCAUCAACAACAACAACCAGCACCAGUCAGACGACCAAAAGCAGCUAUUCCAAUUUUACCACCACCUGAUAAUUCACAAAAUUAUCAAACAAGCAGAGGACGUGGUCGUCCAGUUACAAAUAAUCCAAAUAAUUAUCAAAAUAAUCCAGCUAAUUCAAUACAAAAAUUCGAUAAUGAUAAUGAUGAUAAAAUAAUUAAUGAAAUCACUGAUAAUACUGAUUUUGAUUUGACAAAAAAUAAAAAUGAACAAGAAGUUGCAACGAAAAUUGAAGAGAUUAAUUCAAUUAAAGAAAAUAUUGAUGAAAAAAUAAAUAUUGUUGAAGAAAAAGAUAAUAAAAUUGUCAUAGAAAAUGAUAUAGUUGAAGAAAAAAAUUUAACAAUUGAUAAUAAAGAUGAAGAAAAAGAAAUAAUAUCAAUUGAUAAAGAAAAUAAUGAUGAAGAAGAAGAAAUAAUAUCAAUUGAUAAAGAAAAAGAUAUUAAUGAAGAAAAAAAAAUAACUGUUGAUGAAUUAAAACCUGAAUUAAUAACAGAAAUAAAAAAUAAUGUUGAUGAAGAAAUUGUAGCUGAUGAAAAUAAAAUUAAAUCUGAUGAUAUUUUAGAUAAUAAAAUAAUUGAAGUUAAAAAAACAGUUGAUGCUGUUGAUAAUGCAUCAUUAAAUGAUGAUAAUAAUGAUGCUGAAAAUGAAAUAAAUAAAUCAACAAUAAAUAUUGUUGAUAAAUUGAAUAACGAUGUUUCGAAUAACAAUGAUAUUGAAUUUAAAAAAAUUGAUGAAGUUGUUAAUGAUAAUCAUGUUUUGGAAAAAGCAGCAGCUUAAAAUUUUGGUAAGAAAAAUUUAUACAUAUAUAAAUAUCAAUCAAUAUUGAACAUAUAUUUCAUAUAUAUUUUUUUUUAUAAAAUUAUUAAUUAAUAGUUACGUUAAUCAUUAAAUGUAAAGCAACAUUUUUCAUAGGGGAUUUAAAAAUAUAUUUUUUUUCUUUUUGUUUUUUUUUUUUCUCUUCGUGAAUUUCGAUAUUUAGUUGAAUUAAAUAAUUAUCAAGUGGAGGAUAUUAAAAAUAGCUCCAUUGUAGGAAAAAUAAUAAUACGCUUUAAUUAUUUUUCAUGUUUUAGUAAUAUUUUCGAAAAAAAAUGCGAAAGAAAAAAUCGAAACGAAUUGUAGAUGAAUUAUUGGAAAAAGAAAAAUUUUAAAUUUUUAUUAGUAUCAUUCAUUGUUGAACGAAAAAAAAAAAAAAAAA